AUUUUAGGGCUGAGGUGUGUGUGUGUGUGUGUGUGUGUGUGUGAGGUGGCAGUGGUAACAGCCAGUCUCAUAUGUCAGUGUACAGUGGAGCUUUGAGGCAGCUGCUCUUUGCAGGUUUGAUGCCCCAUUCAGAGGCCGGUUGCUUUCUCUGAAAAUGACCCUGCCUCUCCGCCGUGCAGGAAUGGCCACCACUGGGAACCUUUCUGAAGAGCAGGUGCACUGCUCCAUCUGUCUCGACGUCUUCACCAACCCGGUGUCCAUCCCUUGCGGACACAACUUCUGCCAGAGCUGCAUCCUUGGAUACUGGAAAACCAGCCCUUUGUACCAGUGUCCUAUGUGUAAGAAGUCUUUCCACAAAAGGCCUGAUAUUAGCAUUAACACGGUCCUCAGGGAAAUUGCGGAGCAGUUCAAGGAGAUCAGAGUUAGAAGUGCAGAAGGGACGGUGAGGGAGGAGGAGGAAGACAUAAAAGAAAAGAAGUGGACAAUGGAAAGAAGGAAAAAGGAGGAUGAGGAGAGGCUUUUGGAGAAAGAUCAGAAGCAGCUGCUUCUGGAGGAGCUGAAGCAGAAACAAGAGGAGGAGAGGAGAAAGAAAGAGAAACCUGGAGAGAAAAGGCCACUACAAGACGAGUUACCACCGCUGAUCCCACCUGUGUCAGCACCCAAAACCUCUCCUCCACCAUCACCUCAAGCCACAGCUCAGGGGCCGCCACUGACUCCACCUCAGCUGCCCCAAACAUCACCCCCACCCUCACCUCAAAUCACUGCUUCUCCAGCUCCUCAAAUCUCCCCUUUAUCUCCCUCCUCUUCCACCCCGCCUCCUUCCUGGGAGGAGGUCCUCUGUGAUGUCUGCCUGGGGAACGGCAGGCCAAAAGCGGUCAAAUCCUGCCUUGUGUGUCUGACUUCCUACUGCGAGGAGCAUCUGAAAUCUCAUUCCGCCAGGUUCACCAAGCACAAGCUGAUAGAGCCCGUAGCCAACAUGGAGGACAGGAUGUGUCCGAAGCACGAAAGGCUCCUGGAGCUGUUCUGUAAGAAGGAUCAGACUUGUGUGUGUGUGCUCUGUACUGAGACAGACCACAGGGCGCACUACACUGUCCCUGUGGAGAGAGAAUGGACAGACAAAAAGGCGCAGCUGAAGAGGACAGAAAUAGACGUCCAACAGAUGAUACAGGACAGAGUGAAAAAGGUGGAGGAGAUCAAACAGUGUGUGGAACUAAACAAAGCCAGUGCUCAGAGAGAGAUUGAGGAGAGUGUGCAGGUCUUCUCAGAGCUGGUGCGCUCCAUCCAGAGGACUCAGGCUGAACUGGUUUUGUCCAUUGAGGAGAAGCAGAGGCAGACGGAGAGGUGGGCUGAAGGCUUCAUCGCUGAGCUGGAUAGGGAAAUUGCUGAGCUGAAGAGGAGGAACACAGACUUGGAGAACAUGGCUCGGACUGACCACAUUCACUUCUUAAAGAACUUCCCAGCCCUUAGCACUCCACCUUCUGUCAAAGACUGGUCUGGAACCAGUGUUCCCACUGACACGUGUGUUGGCAUGAUCAGGCGAUCCAUAUCCAAACUGGAGGCCUCAUUAAAUGAAAUGAUUGGCAAACUGGCUGAAAGUGAGAUCAAAAAGGUUCUGAAAUAUGCAGUGGACGUCACUCUGGACCCUGACUCAGCCAACCCAUGGUUGCAGCUUUCUCAGGACAGACGUCAGGUGAGACACCUGGGUGCAUGGCAGGACCUCCCAGACAACCCAGACCGCUUUGACACAGUGGUCAUCGUCCUGGGCCGUGAGGGCUUCACUUCAGGGAGACAUUACUGGGAGGUUCAGGUGGGGGACAAAGACGACUGGUAUCUGGGCGUGGCCAGGUCUUCUGUCAACAGAAAGGGCAGGAUCUCUGUAAGCACAUCCCAGGGCUACUGGGCUCUGGCCAUGAAGAAAGGCCAGGGGUACCGAGUGUCAACAUCCCCGCCAAUACUGCUCCCCCUUAACCCCAAGCCCAAACAAGUGGGUGUGUACGUGGACUACGAGGAGGGGCAAGUGUCCUUUUAUGACGUUAGGGCUCGGACCCAUAUUUACACAUUCAAAGAUACGUUCAUGGAAAAGAUCUUGCCCUUUUUCUACCUGUACUGCUGCGACAAAGCCUCUGAUACCAUCGUGAUUUGUCCUGUGAAUGAGAAAAGCCUGAUCAAGCAAAGCUAAGGACAAGUUUGACUGUAACAACAACACUGAAAAGCCCCUAUGAAAACUGAAAUCCUGUAUUUUAUGAUUUAUGUAUAUUUAUUACAUGUAUAGUGUUGCUCAACAAACAUAUUAAUUGUACACGUGUUUUGUACACCACCCUGAUGUCUGUAUACUAAAUAUAAAAGCUAGAGCUAGUUGGCGGUUAGCUUGGCUGAACAUAAAGACUGUGAGCAGGGGGAACAGAGCUAGCCUGGCUCUUUCCAGAAGCAAAAAGAUAUAUAUAUGUAUAUAUACCUUUUUACCAGCACCCCUAAAGCUCCCUAAUUAUAGGAAUAGUUUCACAUUUUGAUAAAUAAACCAUUGUACUUUCUUUUGGGAAUGUGAAGAUACGACACGCAGUGUUACAUUGUGGGACGUGGGUGCCAUGUUUACAGCCACGAUCUCUGUUUACCUUUUCGGUGGCCGUUGCUAUGGCAGUUCUUGAUUGAGCUGCACUGACCAACCAUCGACGUUUAUCAAAACGUAAAAUCCAAACACAGCCUCCAACACACAAAUUCAAAUACAGUGGGGUAGAGCGGGUGCGAUCCUGUAAAUAUGGCGGUGGACCCAUAAUGACACACAGAGUGAUGUCACCUUCACAUUCCCUAUUGAGAUAUACGCUUAACCAGUUGCUUGCCAAGGGUUAGAUAAGAAAAUUCAUUAAACAAGCAUAAUAUAUUUCCUAAAUUUAACUAUGCCUUUAAAUGCAUGACAUUUUAAAGAAUCUAAAGAAAGUGUAGUUUUUAGAUCUCUGUUUGCACGUUGAUUUUUGAUUAAGUGUGAUUGAUGCAGCGAAGGUUUUAUGGUGAAGAGAGGUGUGUUUAUGAAUUCUAACAAUAAAUGUUCCCUCAAUUAUU